AUGGCCCGCGCGAACAUGGACAUCAGUGUCCGCUUGUCCAGGGCCUUCGAGGAGAGCUACUCCGACCGCGGGACAGGGGCCUGCCAGGACAUGUCUUGGCGCCACAGGAUCAUGGAGGGGUCCGAUGAGAAGCGUCUGACAUGCGAAGACUAUGGAGCUGAGGAGCAACACUUCUCGUCGAAGUACCACAAUCUGCAGAAUGCACAUCGGAACCCACGCAAGCCACCCCGCGGCUUGGCCGCCGCUGUGAGGGGCGUGGACGGUGCUGCCCUGGCAAGCCGCGACGGUUCGUGCGCACAUGGACCGACACGGGCACCAAAGGUGUCAGGGACGGCAAUCAGUGAUGGUUGCUUGGCAAAGCCGCUGUACUUUGAGUGCGUCUGGACUGACGAGCGCACGAAGGGCAGUCGCGAUGGGCCACUUUGGAGACCCGUGCCCCCUCCGGAGUAUGUUGCUCUGAGUGAUAUGGCC